ACAAUAAAAAACAAGACUAAUGAGAGAAGUUGCACACCCACUCCCCAAAACACUUUCUUUUGUGUUUUGUAUUGGCAUUAGCAGAGAGGAGAGAAAAGGGGGAUUGGUUGGUGAAUCACUGAAUCUGAAUCAUUCAUAAUACAAAAACGGAGAUGGCAUCGAGAUUAUGGGCAUCAAAAGCUGCUUCAUACCUCAAGAUCUCCACAUUCAACAGAGGUUUCGCUUCUGUUGUGAAGGAUUUGAAGUACGCCGAGUCUCAUGAAUGGGUGAAGGUGGAGGGUAAAUCUUGCACCAUCGGUAUCACGGACCAUGCCCAGGAUCACUUAGGAGACGUGGUGUAUGUUGAGUUGCCGGAGGUUGGCGCCGCCGUGACUCAGGGCGGCAGUUUUGGUGCUGUUGAGAGUGUGAAGGCGACUAGUGAUAUUAACUCCCCUGUUUCCGGGAAGGUUGUUGAAGUAAAUGAACAACUCACUGGUGAACCCGGUUUGGUGAAUGGAAGUCCGUAUGAAAAUGGAUGGAUUAUAAAAGUGGAGAUAAGCGACUCGAAUGAAGCGAACUCUUUAAUGGACUCUAAACAGUAUUCAAAGUUCUGUGAAGAAGAAGAUAAGCACUAGAGUUACUUGUAUUUGCAUGUUUCUUUGUGGUUUGCAUUUGGUUUUUUUGUCAAUUGUUUGAAAAUUUUGAAUUUUGAAAGGGGUUUUGCUUACAAGUAUGUCAAAUGCAUCCAUCAAACGUUUUUGAGAUUCGACAAUGUUAUGAAAUGAUACAUUUCUUAUUGUAAUGAAAAAAUGGCACAAAUGUUGCUAA